AUGUACUCUAGUGUUGACACCAAUAACUUUUCUAACUCCGUUUUCCUGUGUAUACGCAACACUCCUUAUUUUAAAUUAAACACAAACUCUUUUCGGAGGAACUUACUCUCAAUUGUGGACGAAUAUAUAAAUAAUGAGCCCUCCGCUGACUCCGGUGAUAAAACCUCCAUUGAAUCUGUGGAUAAGUUAAACGACUAUGUUGUAACAGCUGAAAACUACUCUGUUCACUUUGUUUUAUCGGCGAAACUGCUUGAUGAUGCUAAAUUUUGCUCUCUGUACGGGUUCGAAGGUUUCGAAGGAGUGUUCAUUUUAAAGAACUUUCUGAAAGAAGAUCAAUGCCUCGCACUGGCUUGUGAGACUUUACGGUCAUACAUAAACCCUCCCAGCAACAGCAACCUACUCAUUAAGGACCCUAACAUCUCCUCUCCCAUUUGGCCCGGUGAGAGUUUCAAGAGUUUACGGUGGUCGACCAUUGGUCACUUGUACGACUGGGAGAAACGGCAGUACGACGGCUAUUCUCAGUUCCCUGAUAUCAUUGUGAAGAUAGUCAAUGAAAUCAACAGGCUUCUUUCACAGUUCUACGACCCCUUCAUCGCAGAUGCUGCCAUUAUUAAUUUUUACUCAAAAGGUUACUUUUUGCGUCUUCACAGGGAUGACGCUGAGGAAACUAACGAUCCCGUGAUAAACAUCAGCAUUGGAGCUCCAGCUAUUUUUUGCAUUUGUAAGGAGGAUCCGAGUCAAUUUCCUCUAUCUUGCGUGGUCGAUUCCGGCUCAAUUGCCAUUAUGGCAAACAAUUCCAGGAGAUGUUUACACGGCAUCAGUAAGCUAUUGCACUAUGUGAAGCCUGAUUCUGACUCCAACCACUGCUCUGAUACUGUUUCCGAUACGGACAGGCCUUUUGCCAAGCCCUAUUUCAUUAACAAGUUCCCUCAAUGUGCAGAUGAAGUUUUCGAAGGAUUCACCACCUCUCUUGAUGAACAGGCCAUAGCUGAUGUCAAAUCUUAUCUAAAUGACUCUAGAAUUUCAAUAAGCAUUAGAAAGGCAAAAAUAUGA